UAUUACUAAAACACCGGGAGCAGGAAGCUCCAUUCUGAAUAUCUUGGGCGAUGAGCUCUACGAAUGCGGUAUGUUAAGUAUGACUUUCCUCAAUUCCUGCAUUGCUUGCUUUCAGCUCAAGGUUUCCAAGUUAUAUUUUGGAUAACACCACUACAUUAAUCAACAAUGGUUGAACAAGAAAUGGGUGAGGCUGCACAGGAGUCUCCAGCCUCCCGUGUUGAUAACUUCAAGUAUACUUCUUUCUGUGACCCCACUGUCUCGAUCGUUUGGACCACUGAACUUUAUGGAGCACGAAUUGUGAAACUCAUUGUUUUUAGCAUCUCUUGUGAGAAGUAACUUUUAAAAUCUUGUUGGUUGCAGCGUCACGCGCGAUCCGAGGACUAGGCAGAUGGGGCUUACAAGGGGUAGUGUAUAGAGGUUCGAAGCGACCUGUUUUGAAGUAUUCUAUUUCACGCGUCAGCAAACGCAUACAUAGAACACGUGAACGAAUACGGCAUCCGAAGUCUAUAGGAUAUUGCAUAAUGAGUUAAUAUAUUCCUAGGCAAUCACGUGUACUUGUGGAAUGCUUGGGGUUUUUUUUUUGCAUUCUUUCCACAAGAUGCCAAAGAAUACGUGCUCAACAACGGUUACUGCGGCAGCAGCAGUGGCAGCGUGACGACGCGAGAGAGCAACGCGGAUGAAACAUUUCUGGAUGAGUUGCAGGUGAGCUAUCUUUGCAGAAUAUGACAUUAAAGGAAGUCUGUAGAAAAGUUUACCCUUAUAUGCCUAAAUUAGGUGAACAUUUCAUUGUUUAUGCGGCAUGGGUUUUUUUUUUUUUCAGAACAUUUGGCAUGCUAAGCUCAUCGAAUGCCUGAAAGACACGGCCAAACAGUUCGGACUUCCACUUAGCCGCAAGCGCACCAUCGGGGAACAGGAGCUCGUAAAAUCCAGAUGGUUUGACUUGGGAAGCGAAGAGAUCGAACUCUUGGCAGUCGAACCACUUUACACACCUCAAGAUUUCCUUGACUUCUUGCUUUCUCCAGCGUCCAAUGAAGACGAGAUUUGCUGCGCUUCCGGAAACACAAGCCCCCUUGCCCAAGCGUCGGUAGCGCUCAAAACCAAAGAUAUCUGCGAACUGAGAGAAAUGCUGAAGACGCCAAGUUACGAGGCUCCCAAGUCUCAUGACUUGGACAGCGCAGAGUACGAACUAUUUGCACAGCUAAUAUAUGACACAAGUGACCAGCUUGCUGCUAGGGAGUUCCUGAAGCGGGGUUGCCCGCAUUGCAUGCGAAGACUUUUCUGGGCCAGGGUGUUGGGCAUUUCGUCAGCUGAAAAGGUGAACGCCGAGUUCGAUGGCCUCAAGGAAAGAGUGAUACGGUACGAGCUACUUGUGGACCAAAUUAUUAUAAAGGACGUUCGUGACACUGUAAUGAACGACAUCGAGUACUUCGUGUUUGACGACAGUUGCUAUCAAGUGAUGUUGGCGUUCACAAGAGACUACUAUGUCGCGAGAAGAAUAAGCAACGAUUCAUUAGGGACGGUUAUACUCAGAGCUGAUUUACCUUGCGGAGCCGUUCCAUACUACGGCUUCUCAUUGCUCGUGAGCCCCCUGUGCUUCAUGUACGCAGACGUCGGCAUUAUGUACGCAGUCUUUCGUGAAAUGUACUGCCGCUACUUCCACAAGUUAAUGGCCAUUUCUUCGGACCCGCAGGGCAUUGUGUCACUGUUAUUGACCUUUGAAAGAUUGGUUCAGUACAGGGAACCCGAAUUCCUGCCGGCGCUGGCCUCCAAGAAUGUCAAUCUGCAACCUAUUGUAUUCCAAAUGCUUAUGCAAUCGUUCUGCGCGCACCUACCUGCGGAAGAAGUCCUGAGAUUGUGGGACAGAGUGCUGGGCUACGACUCUGUCUACGUCCUUCCAGUUGCAGCGGCAAGUUUAGUCUGUUCCAAAAAGACUGAAAUUCUUGGCACGAAAGAUCAGUCUUCCCUAGAGGACAUAUUUAACAAGCUGAAGCCCUGUGACGUCAUAUCCACGCUGGACGAUUUUCUCAAGCCUCCAAGUUUGUGACGGCGACAGGAAAAAUAGAGCUAUUGAGUUUCACUGCCGACGAUAGCCACUGCAAGUAGUCAAGAACGUCCUGCCUGUCAGAGGCCAACAGAGACAUCGUGUAAUUUUGCUGUGAUAGUUUUACAUCGUUAGCAUCAUCUGAGCCAACAAGUGCGUCUUAUCCAAUGCAACGCCGCCGUUUCUUUCCCUACGCAGCACAUUUUCUGACUGUGUUUGUUACUCAACGCUGUCAAGACGCAGCACUUUAAUCUCACUCUGCAAGCUGUCUACAUCAGUCAUAGCAGCAUGUGCGUGUUCAAUGUGAAUAAUUUCAUAUUAAAUUAUGAGUUGAAAGUAUACACAUCACGGACUACGGGGCUAAAAGCUUUUUCUUAAGUCAUGACAAUGUCGUCUCGCAACCGGAACAUUAAUUAGCAGACUGCAAGAAGAAACGUGUUUAGGAAAAAAAUUCCCCUUGCAAGAACAUCUUACUGAUUAGUAGAGUCAUGUUAAUAAAAUUCGAGCUAAUAAUGCAGACUUAUUUGAUGUUUUCACCUGUGCCAUACCUUGUUUUUCUUUUUUGUGCAGCUCCUAUACUCAAUUCAAUGUGACUUUCAGGGGCAGAAUGCUGCCUUUUCCUUGUGCAAAUUUCGCCACGUGCUAAACGUGAUCGCAAGUUUUUGUUAAUUAAAUGUGUGCAUGACUGCAAGUUAAAGUGCGCUAGCACAAGUUGUCCAACGUUUCUUUUUUCGUUUUAUUUUAUUAUUGAACAGAGACGCUUGUGAUUACUUCCAAUUCAGACUCGCCGCACGGGAUCAUAUUUCUUUCUUAAUUAAUUAAUUAAGCUUUAUGAUUUUCUGAAAAUUAGGCACUUGGAGGCACGCGAUGACCACUUGUGCUAAUGAGUUAUGUGGCUAGAAGGACACAAAGUGAGAUGACAAUUAUCGCUGACAGCAGCCAAAUUAACUAAAACGGAAUAAUUAACUUUUUGUUCACUGCUGUAAGUGGGUAUGUUCGUAUUGAAAAGUUACAGGCAGUCGUGUUUCUACGCAGUAUCAGUUGGAAGAAUUCUUCUAGCGUGUCUGUGCUCCGACAUAUCCAACUCCAAAUUUUAAUUGUCGUUCGCAUGAUUGCGCAUGCAGGAGAGUGAGGAUCGGCGCAAAGCUCCACCCUCAUGUGACGCGGCUGUUGCGCGCGGCGUUUAGUCUGACAACAGGGCAGAGACAUACGCAAAGAUGAUAACUGUUCACCAUCUAAGUACACGGAUGUUUCCGUCCCCAUCGAAAUGCGAUCUUUUGCGAAGAAAGUAACUCUGGAAGCAGCUUUUGGCUUUGCGAAUCUUGCAGUGGAGGCGAAAGUUUGUAAGUUACUCUGGUGCUGACAGAGCGGUAGUCACGUGGACGAAAAUCUCCUCGAGUGCUGGAGAGCGGCAACUGUAGUUAGACGCCAGCGACUGGCGUUAUCUGUGAUCCGCUCCUCGGCCCGACGCGACUCCAGAAACGUGUGCUCGCGAACGUGAAACUUCAGUGCAGCUUAAUCGUUUAAUUCUCAGCGUGGCCUUCUCUCCUUAUACCUACACCUACGUAAUGUGAUUUUUUGUUUUUGUUUUCUGUGAGGUAGGUCGUAGAACAUCCUUUUGGCUAUGGCGUGGUAACCAUGUUGUUGCCUCAAAACAUGGAUAUUCAUCUAAAUAAAUAUUUCAUUCAUGUGUUCUC